GUUGCAGGCGGAGGCUGGAGCGGUGCUGCCGGGUGCCCGGUGUCUGCAGGGACACGGGUAAGUCGGGUGCGCAGAGCCCAGAGGGAGGACAUGGAGCCACUGCACUCACCCAUCACAGGCACCUGGAGAUUUAGUUUCGCCUCCAUUUUAAAGACAUACAGAAUUGAAGCACAAUCCCGGGUCAAUUCCGCGGCUGAGCAUUCAUCUCCUAGGUGAAAUCACUGUCCAUGGGCGGGAGUAGUUCAUGCGGGUUCUUACAAUUUUGAAGUCCUGUCUUGUUUCUGAUCCCAAGUCACAGACGCCAGCUGAAGAGCGACAGGGUAACCGGUCGGAGGGAGGAUUUUGCUCUGUGAUCUCUCACCGAGGAGUGAGCAGGUAAGGAUCGGGUCCAUAGGCAAAGCUGCCAGAGGCAGAGCUGGGGGGGAGCGAGGAUCUUUUCUGAUUUCAGGCUUGUGGGCUGUAUUUGGAAAAAAGUGAAGAAUGAAGGCAGAGCCAACAGAACCCUUGCUUUGGAGAGAGGGGCUGGCAAACGUCCCCUGCCAGCUGUGUGUGAGGGAGCAGGAGCUGGGCAUGCUCUGGAGGCCCCCGCUGCCCAGGCAGCGAUAUGAAAUGUUUGCGCUCUAACUUGUAUGUGUUUUAUCUUCGAUUCAGCCGGCCUUUUCCAGCUCAGGUGUUGCACAGCUUUGAAACGCGUCCUGGCCAGGGGUCACUUACCGUGCCAGGAUGGCUGAAGUGUGGUGCACAGCCAGUGCGGACUAAAACACUGGGCACAAUCCAAUUAGAGCCACCUUCAUUGACAGUGAAGAGCAGGGGACUUGGUCUCCCCUGGGUAAUAGCAGUCAUGAAGACGAGCUCGAGGGAGAAGCCAAAAACAGUUGUGAGGUGCAAGAAGCGGAGUGAGGAGGGUGUCAGGAGUUUCUCUUGCACGUCAGGAAAGGGCCCACAAGGGAAGGUCCGGGAGGAAGAGGACUGCUGGCAGGGGCAAGCAGAGAGGGAAAGGGGCAGGAGGGAGGAGAGGUGCAGUUUUGUUCCAGGGAAAGGGUCUGUGCAAGUGAAUGGCUUCCAACACGGUGGCAUAGUCCUUUUCAGGGGUAGGCGUCAGCCCCAUCUGACGGCAGCGACUGCGAGUCCAGGCGCCGUGGUGUGACAUUCAUUGGAGGCGAGGAGGGAGGCCUCAUUUCGGGAGCCAAAGGGAGGAGUGCAAGGCGUCCAGAGGGCCAGAGAACAUCCGCUCAGCAGCACUCCAUCCCCCAGGGCAGGAUGGACAGGCUGCGGCGGAUGCUAAGGCGGAGAUCGGCCAAGGUGGUCAGCGUGGGAGCAGAGAGCAGCAGGGGACCUGGGCAGGAGGAUUUGGGCCCCGCCUGCCAUGACAAGGAGGGGCCCAUCAAGGCAAGGAGGUGGCUGUGCCCCAUCUGCUGCCAAAGAAAACUGACAGCUCCUGACAGCAGGAGAAAGGAGGAAAGGACACCCACCACUUCCCGGACCAGAUGGAGGUGGCCCUGGGUACGCCUGAGCAAGCAGGAGCCGGCACCAGAACAGCGCCAGGCAGAAGAGCUGCGCAGCUCCCCUCCCGUGGCAUCGAGGGGCCUGGAGCCCGACCCUGCAGCCCCACAGCAGGAGGCAGCCCCCUGCACAGCCUGGGACAAGGACCCGUCCUCCCUGGGGCAGGAGCUGAGAGAGUCGAGCACCAGCCCCAGCCUGAGCUGCGGCUCCUCCUGGGACGACUCGCACAGCAACCUGGAGUCCGGGACCACCAGCCCCAGCCACGGCUCCUCCUCGGGGGCUCCAACAGCUCCCCGGAGUCCCAAAACACCAGCCCGAGCCCCAGCUCCUCCUCAGGGGAUGCCGAUAGCUCCCUGGAGUCCCAAAACACCUGCCUGAGCCCCAGCUCCUCCUCGGGGGACGCUGAUAGCUCCCUGGAGUCCCAAAACACCAGCUCCAGCAACAGCUCCUCCUUGGAGGACACUCACAGCUCCCUGGACUCCGGGACCACCCCGGCCCCUGGCGCCAGCCACACAGUGAUUCCCAGACCAGCCACUGAGGAGGACGAAGACGAGGACGAGGAGGAGGAAGAUGAAGAUGGGAGGCCACCGGAGGCAGCUGCCCUCCUCUUCGUGACAAAACACCUCAAGGAACCAGGGAAGGUAUGA